AUGGCUGCUGAGGAUACCCUGAAGAUGUUUGAGGUGGAAGUGACUUGCUCCAUUUGCUUGGAAUAUUUCACUGACCCAGUGAUUCUAGACUGUGGGCACAAUUUCUGCCACCACUGUGUUAUCAAGUACUGGAAAGACUUUGUGCGUGAUCGGAGCUGCCCUGAGUGCAGAUGGGUAGUUGAGCCUGACAAGCUCAUUACGAACAAGCCGCUGGAAAACUUGGCUGGAUUCCUCAGAGAUCGAGCAAAACAAGCAAAAGGAGGGGAGAUAACCUGCUACAGGCACUCCGAGCCUCCCACAUCUUUCUGUAAGACUGACCAAGCCCUAGUCUGCUCAGCAUGUGUCGAAUCCGCAGAGCACAAGGCUCACGACGUAGUUCCCAUGGAGCAAGCUGCCCAAGAGACCAAGGAUCGCGUAGUCAACUGCAUUAAUGCUCUAGAGAACCGGGUAGACACAAUUCUGGAGUGUAGAUCAGCUGCAGAAAAACAAACUCAAACCCUGCUUAAACUGUCAGAGAGGUUGGUGCAAGAAACAGUGUCCAAGUUCGACGAUCUGCGCCAGUUCCUGUUAUCCGAAGAGCACACUGUGGUUGGCAAGCUCCGAGACAUACUGAAGGAGAUCGUAACGAGGAGAGACAAUCACAUGAGCAAGCUUUUUCGGGAAGUCUCCUCUUGCGAAAUCCUCAUCCGGGAGCUGGAGAAGAAGUUCUGCCAGUCAGUGAGUGAACUCCUGCAGGAUGCUGGGAGCACCAUGGAGAAGUUCCACCAGGCAACACCGUUUCAGUGUGUGAGCCCUUUUUCGCCAAAGCAGCUGUGGGAAAUAUGGGAUGUGACGGACGCAAACAUCUCUCUGGAGAGUGCCAUGAAGCAAUUCAAAGAUGCUCUGGAGUCUAGAUCCUCGCUUCAGGAAGCGACCGUGGCCUUUGAUCCAGAGACGGCGCAUCCCCGGCUCAUCCUGUCCAAGGACCACAAAAGCGUGACGCUGGGGGACAAACCUCAAGAGCUGCCCAAGAGCCGGAAGCGGUUUGAAGCCAACCUCUUCCUCCUGGGAUGCGAGGAGUUUGCUGUGGGCAGGAACUACUGGGAUGUCGCUGUGGGAAGCGAGGGUGAAUGGGCCGUGGGGGUGGCCAGGAAGUCCGUAAAGAGGAAGGACGUGGCUGCCAUAAGCUAUAAGGUUGGGAUCUGGGCAAUAGGGAAGCGGGGGAGCCAGUAUGCGGUUUUCAACCCCCCCGACUUCCCUCCUCUGAGCUCUGUGCGGGAGCUCAAGAAAGUCCGAGUGUCUUUAAACUGCGAUGGGAGGCACGUGGCCUUCUUUGAUGCCGACGAUGCAGCCCUGCUUUUCCAGACCCCAAUAACUACUGUUGCCAGAGAGUCCUUCCUCCCCUUCUUUCAUGUUUCCAAUAAAGCCGUUCUAACACUGCCCCCCUAA